AUUCUAUGUUACAUUUUUAGUCGAAAUUCACUACGUUUUUAAGUCAUUUUUACAUUUUGAGUUCAUAUCUCUUUGUUGUAUUGAUACUUUUUAAUAAGAAAUAGCUUUCUUUAAAAAUAAAAAAAUUUAUUUUAUAUAUUCAUUUAGGAAACAAAAUUAAUGAUAAGAUAAUCUUUAAAAAAUCUUUCAUUCGUUGGGUCAACCUAAAUCCAACCUAACCCACAUAUGAUCCGACCCGAAAUAGUACCACCCAAAGCGAUCCAACUUGUAACUUGCACAAUUAACAUGACUACUUCAGGUAGAGAUGUCCAUUCGGGUGUUCGGGCUAGUCUUUGGAAUAAAAUUUCAAGUUUAGUUAAUUUCGAUUAUUGAUUACAUGUGUAGAUCUUAACAAUCUUAAUUAGUUAAUUUUUAUAUACAUAUUAUUUUCUUUAAAUCGGAUCAAGUCAUACUUGAUUUCAAUCAACCAGCUGCAGUUUCACAAUAUUUCGAUUGUUUACCUCUUAACUUUCAAGUGGCCAUGCUCAUGAAGUAAAAUCAAUGUAUGGAGAUAAUGAAUACAUAGUCGAAUUAGAAGGAGAUAUCGAGGAAAUGGUACAUCACUUGACCGGCGGAGAAAAUGAAGUUGAAGAUCCACCCUACUUAUUCUUUAUAGUUGGAGGCCCAAUUUCAGGCAAAACUACUUUGGCAAGGCAACUUUAUAACAACACUUUAGUAAGGCAGCAUUUGCACAAUUUUAUCUGGUUUGGCCAGUCUAAAGUAAACCUGCAUACACUUAAUUAUUUUCAACGCCACAUCCUAUUCGAGAUAACGAGAAGAUCCUAUACUGAGGAGGAAGAAACUUGGAUUAACGUCAUUGGCAAGUGUUUGAUAAUUCUGGAUGAAAUCCCAUGCAGUAUGAGAGAAACUCUUGAAGAUUUGUUGCGAACCUUCCCAACAGGACUGAAUGGCACGAAGAUCAUUAUCACGGGUAGCAAUGAAGAGUACGACAUAUUUAAGAAUGAUUUGCGUUGUUAUUUCCAUCAAUUUAAGGGCAAACUCAACGAUGAGCAAGGGUGGGAUCUGUUAUGCCAUUUAGCAGCUUCCCACAAACAAAAUAUAAAAAUACCAGAGAACUUAGCAAAGAAUAUGUUGCGCAUAUGUGAAGGGAAGCCCAUAAGUAUUAAGCUUUUGAGUGGUGUAUUAAGCACCAAGCCCAAAGGGAUGGAAUUCAUCUUAGAUAACUAUAUCAAAUUCAAAGAUGUGUACGAGUUAUGUUAUGAGGAUUUGCAUUACCUUUUAAAAGCUUGCUUUCUGUAUUUGGGAGUUUUCCCACCAAAACAUGAAAUUUCUGCGGGCAUUUAUCAAAGAAUGUGGAUUGCAGAAGGAUUUGUUAGUAAUUCUUCUGAAAAUGAAGUGAUGCAGUACCUAGAAGACUUGAGUCGUCGACACUUGAUCCAAGUUACCAAGAGAAACCACGAAGAUAGAAUUAAGAUUUUUCAGGUAUCGAAUCUGGUUUAUGAAUUUUGUCUUACAAAAGCACGGGAGGAAAACUUUCUUCAUAUUGAAUCUCGUCAAUUUCUUAAGUCAUCCAUCAACUCUCGAAAAAUUAUCUCUCGUUCUAGGUAUGAUAAUUAUAUUUUAUCAUAUAACAACUUUGGAGAGAAAAGAAAAGAAAGAAACAGAAAAGGAGGGGAGGGAAAGGAAGGGAAGAGAAAUGGAAGGAAUCAGUCUACCGUCUGCGAUACGUCCGACAAGUGUAACACAACGGUAUUGUGUACAAUAUGCGCACAACAUUGGUAUCCAAAAAACCGGAUUUCUGAAUUUCCGGAUCGGGGUCGAUCUGGUAUUCGGUGUGUAUCAUGGUUUAAAAUCUGGGCAGCAGCUAUUGCAGCAUUUGAGUGGUCAUUUUUCUUGUUUUUGAAAAUUGAAAUCAAAUUGUAUUGUAGGUUGUGCAAGAAAAGCCAAGAAUCAUAUAUCAGAUCACUUUCACUCUUUCACUACCAAGGAACAGAAGAUAAUAGAUUUAGGUUCGGAACUAUUUACAAGGAUUUAAAAUUACUAAGAGUCUUAAGUCUUUGGGGUGUUUUCACUUCUGAUAAUGCCUUGCCUGAUAAGAUAGGAAAGUUGGUACAUCUAAGCUAUCUUGGAAUAAGGAAUACCAACAUUGAUACACUUCCCCAAUCUAUCGAAAACUUGGAAAAGUUAUUGACAUUAGACUGGAGAGGAGUACAUUCUGGCCGAUCUUUGGGGUUUUUGGGAGUCGUAACAACAAUGCCAAAUGUGCUAUGGAAGAUGGAGCAACUUAGACAUCUUUAUAUACCAAAAGGCAUGUCUCUAGGGAACAAAUUCAAAUUGCACACUUUAAAUAACUUGCAUACUUUAUGGGGAGUAAGGGUUAAUGAAUGGUUUGAAGACGACGUACAACUAUGGAACUUCCCUAAUCUUCAUAAGUUGUAUGUAUUCAACAUAUAUUGGAGGCAUCAAUUAGACAUGAUAUUCGAAUGUUUGAAGAAGUCCCCAAAUUUGAAAAAGUUAAAGCUGGAGUGGGAAACCUAUUAUUCCAAAUCAAAUAAGCUUGAAUACUUUGAUCAACUCAGCCAAGAUUUUUACCAGUUAAGUGUGCUAAUAUUGACCGGUCCAAUUGAAGAAAAAGUUUCCCUUCGUUUCCCCCCUACUCUUGUAGAGUUGGAGUUGGAAAACAGCGGUAUUACAGCCCAGGAUCCUGUUCCAAUAAUCGGAAGAUGUUGUCCCAAGCUGAAAGUUCUCAGAUUCAAAAAUAACGCAUACCUCGGGACAGAGAUGAGAUUUUGUGCUGGUAAGUUUCAGUCGUUAGUUGAGCUUGUAAUUGAGGGUAUGUAUGAACUUGAAACAUGGGUGAUUGAAACGGGUGCACUUCCUCGUUCGGAAAAGAUAUUUCUCAAAUAUCGUACUAAGUUAGAAAGAUUGCCAGAAGGGAUUAGAUUCAUUACUACUCUCCGAGAGUUAGUAUUGCAUUUCAUGCCAAGAAGUUUCUGUGAAAAACUUGUUCAUGUGGAACAAGACUACUUAACAAGCGUUGUUGAUAAAAUUAAAGGGGAGGAUUUCUACCUUAUUCAGCAUGUUCCUGACAUAAAAUUCACUCAAAUUUGGGAUAAGCCAAAGGUACGCCGGUUUAUUUUACAAUUUUUUUACUUAAAUACAGAGUAGGAUGUAAAGGGCCGGAGGGGACAGCGAGAAUCUAACCCAGUAUAUUUACCCUAAAAAAGUGGUACAUGCUUUAACUAAUAUCAUAUUCGAUUCUCAAAUGCUGAUGGGAGUAGAACACGAGUCUCUUAUGCAGUUAUGUGGCAUACUCCUUGUUUUAGCAACUUAUCUUGUGAAGUUUUAAAUAAGUCUAGACCCAAGAAAUUUCUUACUUAAUUUUUGCUAAGUGCUUGCAAACCACUGACAUAUAUAAAAACAUAUCAGGGGUUCUAAACAGGUAGGAAUGACUAAAAUGGGACUUUAGAAGAAAGUUGAUGGUUACAGUAUGCAGGAUAUGAUAGUGUUUCCAUCUUAAUUUCCCAAUCCUAAUUUGAUGUUCUCCUUGCCUCAAACAAAAAUGGUAAAUGGUCUCUUUGGCGAAUGAAUGUUCGUUCAAACUGGUGGCCGGUUUGACCAAUUAGAAGUAUUGGUUAAAAGUUAGUUGUUUAAACAAGAGUUGUUCAUGAGUGGGUUGUCCACCAAGCUCCGCAAACUUGGUUGGAAAAAAUGGGUGGCAUUGGAAAACAUUAUUAAAGAUCAAGGUUUUUUUUUUGAAGAAAAAGAUUAAGGUUUAGAUUGUUGAUCAUUUUUUAUUUAAGAUACUUGAAAUCAUUGCUAAUUUUUUAUUAUGGACUGUGACUUUGUACUUUGGAUUAUAUUUCUCGUGUAGAUUGUUUAUUUGAACUUUAAAAAUAUAUUUUUGUUUUUUUCCUAGAAGUAAUUCUAGAUUUAGGAUUUUGACAAAACCUGAUCCGAUCAAAAAUUAGUGAGUCAAAACUUAUAAAGUUCGACUCGUAACCCCCAAAUUAGUGAGUCAAAAAUUAGUGAGUCUCUUAUGCAGUUAUGUGGCAUACUCCUUGUUUUAGCAACUUAUCUUGUGAAGUUUUAAUUAAGUCUAGA